AUGGCCUCCGCUGCAGUACUGCCGUUUGGGCUGCUGCGGCUUCCCACAGAGCUCAAGGAAGAAAUAUUCACCUUCGUGGAAGAUGCCGACAUCCUUGUCCUCCGCAAAGUCAGCCGGGAAAUCAGCCGGGCCGCCUUCAGAGGCCUCGGCACGAGAUUCUUUGAGAACAUCAGCGUAAAUCCGUUUACGUCGGAUAUGGUGAGGCUCCGGUGGUUGGCGGCGCAAGACGGCCUGCGCGACUACGUCCGCGUGAUCAACAUCCAGCCAUUCCGGCACGGGUUCAGCGCAGAGGCGCAAUGCCAUAACAGGAGGCUAAGGGAGAAGGAGUUCAGGUAUUCAAAGUGGCGCGACAACUUCUCGAGGGAGCAGCGGCUGGCCGUGGACCUCCGAGACUGUCUUUCUCGAUUCCCCAACGCCGGGUCGUGUAAGAUUUCGGACGUCGAGGAGAGUGGCAGGGCCGUGACGGAGGACUGGUUACAAGAAUACCCCCAUCCCUUCAUAUCGCUAUACGUCCUCAUUUGCGCCAUGACGAAGCAGGGGAUGCCCGUCAGAGAGCUGAGGUACAUUACACAUGGGGACAGGUUUCUUCCAAGGGUGGGGAGUUGGUCAGCCUCGAGAGACAGGACCUUUGCCCGGAGCCGUCUCAGUCAAGGCCUGCUCGAGAGCCUCCGCAUCUUACAUAUCUGCCCGAUGACCAUGGCAGGCUCAUCCGGGAACCCAUUCCUCAUAGACGAUGAGUUCGACGCCCUCAUAGCGCUGAUAUCAGGCUCAAUCAACCUGGAGUGCCUGUAUCUCGCCAAGUUUGACCCCCAGGCACGGCGGUUCAUCCGGAGGCUUUCCCUGACGACGCCGCUCCCGCGGCUCAGGAAGUUCGUGCUCACCGGCUCGCUGCCGGGCCGGCACGUCCGCGCGGGCCAGGACGAGGGAGUGCUCUCUGGCGACGAUCUGGCCACCCUGCUCGGCCGCCUAGGGCGCGGCGGCAGGCUAGACUACCUGUACCUGUCCCGCGUCUUCCUAGACAAAGGGCUCGAGGAUUGGAAAGCCGUGCUGAGGACCGUGGAGAGGCGCUGCUGCCCAAGCCUCAGAAACUUCACCAUGGAAUUAUGCGGCUCCGGGCCCAGCUUAGCCUACUAUUGUCCCGUGCUCGAGACCCUGAGGUCUCGGGUCGGCGAGGGGCGGGUGCUGGACUUUUGCGUCCCGGGCGAGCAGCACGAGUUGGAGGACCAGCAUAACACGGUAGUAGUGGAUGAGUACGGCGGAACCUUUGAGUUCGUCACAUCGCCGGCCGAGAGACCAGUCUCCCAAGAGGAGACAGCGGAGGAAGAGGAGCCUCCAGCCGACGACGAGGGGCUAGCCAACGAAGAGGGGCUAGCCAACGAACAGCAGGGACAGAACGAGGUCAAGGGGCUACUGCACGAGGUUUGGGUGCGGUACGACAGCGGGGGGUCCGAGGCGCGCUAUGAUGUGUUUGGGAACCCCAUCGGCAAUAUGGCCAAGGCGCUGGCUACCAUCCGAGAUGCAAGCGGGUUAUGGCCGCAAGACGGCGACCUGGAGAAGAAAGAGGAGUCUGUCAACGGAGUGAUUUUGGACGCGGGGGGUGACGGGCCACAAACAACCAAGACCACAAGCGCUUGCCCACUGCCAAGGCAAAAAAGGAUAGGUUUUGGUGUUUGCAUCAUCUGA